AACUGCAACCCUUUCACACUGAGGACGUGUACCUGUAGCCUGUGGAGAGGUCUGAGGCAGCAGCGUUCGCUGUCUUGCCUUCAAGCUCGGAUUUUCCUGCUGUGCCUGUCAACGGGGGAAUAGCAGCCUGCUGGUGUGUUGUGAGUGCAGAGGAGGGGCAGAGCAAGGUGCCAUAGAUGAAGGAAAAUGACGACAACUCUGGCAGAUUUUGAUCAGUACUGGCAGAACUACCCACUGUAUCCUUCAAUUGGCCAGGACGGGGAGGAGACAUUCUCAUUCUCUCUGGUGCUUUUCAGCAUCAUCUGCCUCCUGGGCAUGUGCGGGAAUGGACUGGUUAUCUGGAUCGUGGUUUUGGAAGAGAGGAAGACGGUCAGCAUGAUCUGGCUCCUGAACCUCUCCGUGGCUGACUUCAUCUUCACAGCACUGCUACCCUUUACCAUUACCCAUCAGGCCCUGGGCAACCACUGGCCAUUCGGGCACUUCCUGUGUAAGUUCCUCCCCUUCACCAACCAGCUGACCAUGUUCGCCAGCGUCUUCACGCUGACCGCUAUUGCCCUGGACAGGUUCAUCUCCAUCAUCUUCCCCAUCUGGUCACAGAAUCACCGGACGGUGAGGCUGGCGGUCGCUGUUUCAUCAGUGGUGUGGAUAUUGGCUGUGGCGCCCAGCGUCCCCUUCUUCCUGAUCCGGAAGGAUGAGGAGGAGGGAGGGGGGGCAAUUUGCUUCUACAACGAGGAUGAGUACAACCUCAGCCACCUGAUAUUGGCGAGGUUUGCUCUUGCCUUCUUGUUGCCGUUUAUCACAAUAGCUUUUUGCUACGCCGUCAUCACACGCAAGGUGAGACGGAGGUUCAAGAGAUCGUCAGACAGGUCGUGUAGGGUCACCGGCAUGGUCAUCUGUGCGUUCUUCAUCUGCUGGCUACCCUUCCACGUACUGUACCUUGUGCACUCCACCACCGGGCAGUACUUCGCCACUGCCCUGCCUCUGGCCACCUGCCUGGCGUACGCCAACAGCUGCAUCAACCCUGUGCUCUACACAUUCGCUGGCCGCGGCUCCUACCUGCACAUCAAGAGGAGAAUCCGGCUCGCGCUGAAGAACUUCCAGGCGGAGAUGAGCAACAGUGGGUCCAGGUCCGAGUCCAGGCUCAGCCGGGCCAUAGUGUGAAAUGGGCUUCGGUGACCUCGAGAGUUAUAGAGAAGUAAUUACAGAUUUAGGCCCUUUAGCCCAUCGAGUCCAUGCCAAAUCUAAUUAAACUGCCUAAUCCCAUUGACCUGCACCGGGACCAUAGCCCUCCAUACCCCUACCAUCCAUGUACCUAUUCACCACUUGUGCUGGCAGCUCACUCCACACUCUCACCACCCUCCUUGUGUUUCCCCUUAAACAUUUCAACUUUCACCCUUAACCCAUGACCUCUGGUUGUAGUCCCACCCAACCUCAGUGGAAAAAGCCAGCUUGCAAUUACACUAUCUAUACCCCUCAUAAUUUUGUAUACUUCUAUUAAACCUCCUCUUCAGUCUUCUGUGUUCCAAUGAAUAAAGUCCUAACCUAUUCAAUCUUUCAUUAUAAUUCACAUCCACCAGGCCCAGUGACAUCCUUGUAAAUUUUCUCUGAACACAAUACUUAUUUGCACCCUUCCUUGUAAGUAGGUGACCAAAACUGCAUACAAAAUUCAAAAUUAGGCCUCACCAAUGUCUUAUACAACUUCAACAUAACAUCCCAUUCCCAUAACACAACAUUCAACAUAAGUCAAUGUACAGAGUUCAAAGUAAAUUUAUUAUCAAACCACCCUGAUAUACAUUUUCUUGCAGGCAUUCACAGUAAAACAAUGGAAUUUUAUGAUGUAACUAUCCAUAAACAGACUAAGAUGGACGAAGUGUAUGAAAG